AUGAACAUUUUCAUGAAUACUAUUGAAAAAAUUGAUGUUUUUGGUGUUCCAAUUUGUCUUUUAACUAAUAAAAACAAUACUUAAUUUUAAAGUAAACUGGGUGGAAUAGCAACCAUUGCUCUGGGUAGCAUCAGCCUAAUUUAUUUUUUAUAUGUUAUGAUUUUAUGGAUGAAUUAUUAAAUCAGUCCUAAUAUCAAUUCUAAGUAAUAACUAAUUGGUUAUUCUGAAUUUUAAUUAGAGGAUUCAACUAUAUAAAUUUAAUUAUAAGAUUUUUCAGGAGAUGUUGAUCCUUUUUAAAAGGAAAAUAAUAUAAUUACUCCUCUUUUAUUUACUUAUUAAGAUGUAACUAUAUAUGAUGAACCUAUACCUUUAUUUAGUAGCAAAGAAUUACCAUAUUUAAUUUAAUUGAAUAAAGGCUCUUUAGUAUUAAAUACUCUUUUUGAAUAAAAUGAUGAAAAAUUUUAAAAACAGAAAUAGUAUUUUUUAGUUUUGGCAAAAUGUUCAAGUAUUUUUGCAUUUAAUGGAAGUUAUUGCGCUGAUGAUAAUACAAUUAAUACUUAUUUAUCCAAAUAUCAUGGUUUUUUCUUUUUGAAUAUUAAAUUAAGUCAAUUUAAUUAUAAAACUAAAUAACUUGAAAAUUUCAAUAAAUUAUAUUAUACUAGUUUUGAUACUAUUAAACCUCAAUAUACUUAAAUUCUUUUGAAACAAUAAGAAACUAUUAUAGAUAGUGGUAUAAUUUUUAAUAGUUAUGAACGUUUUUCAUUUCUUAAUAAUUACGAAUUCAUAAAUUAAGUGAUUGAUAAUUAAUUUACAUAAAAAGUAAUUAACUCAAUGUCAAACUUUACAUAUAACUUUGAUAGUUUUGGAUGCUUUCUAAUAAGAAUUGACAACAUAUCUAUCAAAGAAGAGAUUACUCAUCCAAAAUUAGGUUAAGUUUUAGCUUAAAUAGGAUCUAUAGUUUAAUUAAUAUUUAUUUUGAAACAUAUUUUAGUUUAUUACAAUUCUCAAUUAUUAGAAAAUCAAUUAUUGAAUGAAAUUAUAAAAAUGUAUUAUCCAGAAUUCAAAGAAUUUUAACUUAACUUUUUCAAUCAAUUUAAAUUCUCCAAUUAAAAUAAUAAUAUAAAUAAUUCAUCAAUUGAAAAUUUAUUAGAAAAUUAUUCCAUUUUAAGGAAAAAAGCAAAAGAAAAAUGCAAACUUAAUAAUAUACUAUAUGAAAUAUCAAGAAUUUAAUUUAUACUUUAGCAAAAUUUUGGAGAUAUGGUAUUAGUCUAAAGUCAUUAAAUGGGUGGAAAAUUAGAUGAAAAUCAAAUUCUAAGCAAAAAAGAAUCAAAUAGAUUAUAAAUUAAACCUGUAGAAUCUAUCGAUUUAGAUGCAUAAAAUUAUAAUAUAGAACCAUUAGAAUUAUUAAUAAAAUAAUUUUGA